AUGAGCGACAAUAUGGAAUCGUAUGAUGCAGUUGUAGUUGGCGCAGGCUGGUUCGGUCUCGCAGCCGCAAAGACUUACAUUCAAACACACCCCGAAGCACGCAUCGCCGUCUUCGAAUCCGCAGAAUCAUGCGGUGGGACCUGGUCCAAAAACCGCUUGUACCCUGGUCUCAAAUCCAACAACAUGGUUGGCACCUACGAGUAUCCCGACUUCCCAAUGAACAUAGAAACCUACGGCGUGCAACCUUAUGAGCACAUCCCAGCUGCCGUCCUGCACAGAUAUCUCACUGACUACGCCAAACAUUUCGGUGUAUUUGAAAACAUCCAAUUCGACACCAAAGUGGACCUCAUUGAAUUUGAGGCCAGCGGUCCUUGGAAGCUUUCUGUUACGAAGAACCAGAAAUCUAAGACUGUGAGGACUGAGAAGCUGAUUGUUGCGACGGGUCUUACUUCCACUCCAAACAUGCCUCAUUACAAGAAUGAGGACAGCUUUGCAGCCCCAAUGUUCCAUGCGAAGGAUUUCUGUAAGGAAGCUCCAAAGUUAAAGGAAGUCAAGAAUGUGGUCGUUGUUGGAGGCGCGAAAUCUGCGUAUGAUGUGGCCUAUGCAAUGGUCGAACAGGGUGCUACAGUUGACCUUGUUAUCAGACCGAACGGCCAUGGUCCAGUGUGGAUCGCUCCAAGACUGGUCACACCCUUCAAAAAGCGACUCGACGCACUUCUCAACGUCCGAUGGAUGACAUGGAUGGCUCCAUGUCCAUGGGGAGGUGAAGAUGGCUACCCAGGACCUCGCAAUUUCCUCCACGGCACAGCAUUCGGUCGAAUGCUCGUAGAUCUAUUCUGGAAAGUCCUUGGAGGCGACGUGCUAUCCGCGAACGGCUACGACAGCCAUCCAGAAUUGAAGAAACUCAAACCAUGGAAUUCGGCUUUCUGGAUCGGAAGCGGUCUGAGUAUUUUGAAUUACAAGAAAGAUCUGUUCGCCAUGGUGAAAGAAGGCAAAAUCCGAGUGCACAUCGACAACAUCGACCACCUAGAAGCCAAGACCGUGGUUCUCAGUGGUGGGGCCGUCCUCAAAGCCGACGCAUUAAUAUGUUCCACUGGCUGGAAGAAAGAAUCAAGCCUGAAAUUCACCGGACUCCCAGAAGAAGAAUUCGGACUCCCUCACACCAAAACGGAAAAGCUCAAGCUCUCCCACGAAGCAGACAACAAGAUUUUAACCAUGUUCCCUCGCCUGGCAAACCAACCCGAGCUCAAGUUCGAGCAGAAGACAGCCGAUCCACUUCGCAUGUACCGGUUUAUCGUUCCCCCAUCGUUUGUGGCAAAGCGAAACCUAGCUUUCGCUGGUAUGGUUUCCUGUGUCAGCACCGCAACAUGUGCCAGUAACAGCGCUCUGUGGAUUUCUGCUUUCUUCGACGGGAAGCUCGAACGUAUUGCCAAGUCACAGCAGGAAAUCACAGAUGAAGUUAUGCUUCAUACGCAGUGGGGCAAAUGGAGAUAUCCCUGUGGGUAUGGUGCAAGUCUGCCGGAUUUUGUGUUUGAGGGUGUUCCUUAUUUUGACUUGCUGUUGCGGGAUAUGGGGCUGGAGAAUCAUCGGCAGAAGAGCUUGUGGCGGGAACUCACUUCUCCUUAUUAUCCAGCGUGUUAUAAUGGUCUUGUUGAGGAAUGGCAAGCGAAGCAGGAGAGCAAGAAGGUGAAUGGUAAUAAAUGA